GGAAAAAGAAAUUGUGAUGAUAUUGUGUUAAAUAAAUAAAACAAAGGAGUACUACUUUGACCUAUUUCUUGGUCGUUUGUUAUUUAGAAUAAAGUUGAAUUACAAUUAGGUAUCCAAAAAAAACACCAAACAAAAAAAGCUCAUUGAUAUUCCCCACCUUUACAAGGAAACAACAAGGGCAAUUUCGGCCACAAGCAAUUAAAAAGAAAAAAACCAGAGCACAACAUACCAACAAAAAAGAAAAAGGAAAAGAGAGACACACUCAGGACUCUUCAGGACUCAGGAGAGAAGAAGAAGAGAAGAGAAGAGAAGAAGAGGCAAAAUAGAGAUUAAAGAAGCCUUUUCUUUUCUUCUACUACCUUCUAUCGGAUUAUUUUCCCCCAAUUGCAUCGAAAUCAUUUCCAAAACUAUAUAAAUUUGAACCCUAAUUUUUCGUUUUAUCUGAUUCUCAAACCCUAACUUUUUAUUUUUUUUAGCUUCAUCAAUUCCAAAUUUUUGAUGGCAGCGACAGCUAACAGCAAUCCUUCAUCUUCUCUCUCUUCUUCCGCCGCCACUUUAUCGCCACGUUCUCUCUCCUUGGGUAGGACCGGGUCGCCGCCGUGGGCCCAGAUUGUUCGUGGGCCGGAAUCCGAAUCAAUCGGAGCUCCGAUUUCUCCGUCGGCUUCAGGAGGAGGAAACAGUUUUCCGGCGAUGGUGGCAGAAAUUCCGGCGGAAACUUCCGAGAACGGGGGUAAUGCGGGUGCCAAAAAGCUCGCGUGGAAUAAGAAGCCCACUAAUGUUGCGGUCGAUAAUGGUGGACCUGGCCCAGUUGUUAUGGGACCUGCUGAAGCUUGGCCUGCUCUCUCUGAGUCUACCAAAGCUUCUCCUAAGCCUUCUUCUUCUGAUUCCUCUAAAAUUCUCGCUGAUACUGGAUCUAUUUCUUCUUCUCAGGUAACUGGAACCGAAUCAUCAUCACAGUCAGUAGCGUCAUCAGUACAGUCACAGUCUCAAUCUUCUUCAACUUCUCCAAAGCCAACAAGUAGUAAUUUAAACCAUAAUUCUAUGCCAAACCAUGGACGGCCAACACGACAAAAGUCAAUGAAGCGUGAUGGUGGUGGCAACCCACAGACUAAUGGUGGCACUUCUCAUCAGCCUUCAUCGCCUUCGGAAGGUUCACAUAAUUAUAAUCAUAGUUCCCCUAAACCCAAUUUUGGUGGUGGUUCUGACAGUUUUGGUAGGGAAACCAUUCAAAACCAUGGUAAUAGGGAGUCAGGGUCACGGAAUGCGAGUGGUGAUCAUCCUCAACCACGUAACUCAUUUAGGAGGGGAGGUGGUGGGUCACAUUCACGUGGAGAUGGGGCACAUCAAAAUUAUGGGGGGAGACGAGGCGAUCAAGAUCGUGGGAAUCAUGAUUGGAACCAUCAGCGGAGUUUCAAUGGAAGAGAUGCGCAAAGAGUUUCUCCUCGGGCCUAUGUCAGACCCCCACCUGCUGGUGUUGCCGCUCCCUUUGCUGCUCCUCCUAUGCGACCGACUUUUAUAAACCCAUUGGUAGAUUUUUAUUUGCCUUCCAUGACUUUUGUUCCAUCUGCUCCAAUUGUUCCAACUGUUCCACCUCCCGUGUUUCUCCACACUGGUCCAGAUCCUUUGAGAAUAAUGACUCAGAUUGAAUAUUACUUCAGUAAUGAAAAUUUAAUCAAAGACACGUAUCUGAGGCAGAAUAUGGAUGGACAUGGUUGGGUUCCUAUGACACUUGUCGCAAACUUCAAAAAGGUUAUGGAAUUGACACAGAACAUUCAGCAAAUAUUAGAUGCCGUGAGGUCUUCUACUAAAGUUGAAGUACAGGGUGACAAAAUCAGGAAACGUGAUGAUUGGAUGAGAUGGAUAAUGCCAGCUUCUGUUCAGUUUCCUACUGCUGCUUCAGGCUCACAAUCUCCGAGGUCUCCCACUAUUGCUGCACUGUCAUCUCAUAUUCAAGCUGUUAAACUGGACGACAAGGUUAUUGAUCAAGAUCAUCCAAAGGGUCAAUUAGAUGUUAAUGCUGUCACUGUAUCAAGAUCAUCCUCUGGAGAUAUGAAUGUUCCAUUGCAGAGUGAUAAGGAUGGGGCAAGUUCAAGUUCUCAUUGAUCUCCUAGAUCUAGUCUCUAUUUCAUGCAAGGAUCGUGCUGAUAAGAUCCAGAAAGUGCCGAAAGGGAACAUGUGAACAAGGAACGACCUUGGUGAGUUUAGUUUUUUUAAUCUGAGCCUCGCAGAAUGAAGCACCAUUCACAAAGUAGAUAUAUAAAAUUAUAAAACACCCAAAAAAAAUUUGAAAAGGAAAAAAAAAAAGAGAUACAACUUUAAGAUAGACUGCGGAAGGAGAAUCCUAAAAAAAGUUUUGUUUUUUUUUUUUGCAAAAAAAAUCUUUUGCAGGAGUUUCUGGAUUUUUUUUGCGUUCUUUUUUUUUGUUUUUUUUUUGGGGGUAUCUAUGGGUCCUGCUAAUUAUGAUGGAAUCAGUCUUGCCUUCUUGUUGUGUUUAUUCUGGUGGCUCAAUAUUUUAUUUCGGGAAUUUUGCCUUCAUGUCCCUGUUCUGCCCCUCAGUCUGUUUUUAGAUAAUCUUUGGGGCUAUUGAGAAAUGAGAAGUGAACUGCCGAAAUGUCAUCCCUAUGGAUGAGUGCGAUUAAUCGUCGUGGAUGACAAAGGCGGUGACUGGUGAGUUUGUCUGAAGCUGCUGCUCGUGCAUCACUCCUGGCCACUCUUGUUUUUAGUUGUUUUUGUGGAAGUCCCUUCUCUCCUAUCUAUACUGUGUCAUAUUUAGCUGUAUACUGUGCAGUUUGACACUGAAAAGCUGUGCACUCUCGUGGUGAGAGAAAGUGCUGUUAGGUUAGAUUAUGGAACGUUUGGAUUUUUGUCUUCAUAAUUGAAACUAGAUGGAUGGUGUUAGUAAACUUAUGAAUUUGGAUGUUGGUACAGACUUGAUUGUUUUAUCUAUUAACUAAUAAGUAGAUUUAGUGGAA